CUUGUAAAAAGCAACCACCAAAAAAUAAAAGCAAGUAAAAUAAUUGCUGAUGCUGCGGGAAAAGGGAUAUACCAUGCUAAAUGCAUUCGUUCCUGGGCACAUGAUUAUGUUAUGACACACCAGAUUCCCUACUCUCGCCGAGGACACCAUGCCAAAACAUGGAGCUUUCUCUGGGACGAAGAUAUUCUUCUUCAAAUAAAAUCGUAUGUUCGAGAAAAUAAGUGGAAUAUUACACCACAUAUGAUCAUGUUACAAAUGAAUGAGAUCAUUUUACCAGGGCUAGGAUUUGCUCCUCCUCCAACCAUCUCUCUUAGUACUACAAAAAAUUAUUUAAAAGAGCUUGGAUACAUAUAUGAAAGGGUGAAAAAAGAUGCUUAUGUAGACAGACACAAGAGAGAAGAUGUGGUAGCCUAUCAGAGUAUAUUUUUGAAACGAAUGAGUGAAUUUGAGCAUAGAAUGCCUAUAUUUUCAGGUGAUAAUAUAGAAGUAGAGACUUGGCCAGACAGCAAUAUAAAACCACUUAUUCUUGUUACACAUGAUGAAUGCAUUUUUUCGGCUUAUAAUGGAAGUCGGAGUCUUUGGAUUUCUUAUGGUGAACAACCUUUACGAAAAAAGGUGGAGGGUCGUUCAAUUCAUGUUAACAAGUUCUUAACUGAUAUUUGUAGUCGACUUGUGCUUCCUGAUGAAAUGCAACCGUCAAAUAAGUUUCCUAGAGAAGCUUGUGUUAUUACAUACCCUGGCAAAAAUAACGAUGGAUGGUGGAAGGCUGAGGAUUUGAUUAAUCAAGUAACUAACCAUGCCAUUUCCAUAUUUGAAGCACGCUUUCCAGACUAUCAUAUCCCUAAAUUAUGUGGUGAAGCUAAAGGAUUAAAAGAAGUUCUAAAGGAGAGAGGGUUGUGGCCAAAAGAAGGAUUAAGGUUAAAAGAAGCACGAGAAUUAAUAAGACUGCAAAAAACUGUCCCAUUAGCUCUUAAUUCUGUUCUACUUCCAACUAUUCGUCAAUAUGCAAGAAAAGCAUUUUGCUAUAUGGACGCAUAUCAAAAAGGCUUAAAUGAUAAAGCAGCUGAAUUUGCUGUUAAAAAAUACCAUUCGCAUCGCUGA